AUGCCCAAACCAGGAGCUGGCCCCUCUAGAGGGGCUCCCAUGGAGAAGGGAGUAACUCCCAAGAAAGAGACAUAUCCUGUAAACUAUGGGAGGAGACCUCCAACCCCUGAUGACAAACCCAAUGAUCUUCAUCCUGAGGAUGAUACAGGUGACUAUGACCUGGAGGAUGAAGAGUUCAAUCAUCCUCCUGUAUGCAAGUCCACCAACAUCAAAGAUGUUGAAGAUGUCCCAGCAGAGAACAUUGUACCUGCUAACAUGUGGGUUAUGUUGAUUAAGCCUGUUGGCUUAUUGGUGGUAUGA